ACAGAGGGUAUGUGCUACUUAUGCGUGCAGAGGAACGACAAAAACGCACAGCGCGCAAUCGCAGUGCGAUGCUGUAUGCCACCCCUAAAUUUUUACCUACACAGGUCUGGUCUGGCACUGUCCCCUCUAUGUCGUUUCUGCAAAGAUCCCAAAACCAUUGAUCAUUCUUUUAUUAACCUGCUGCUGAUUCGCAAUUUAGAGAAAGAAAUAGUUCAAAAUUCCAUUCCAAAAAUUAGGCAUUCCUAUGACACUGAAAACAGUCUCUCCUCUGGGGCAACUACAUUGGGUUUUAGCCACAGUACAUGUAUGCAGGGCCAUAUGUGAGUUCCUUUGUGACACAAGGAGAAUACCAAGUUAAUUUACUGAUUUAUUAUUUAUUAUUUUACAAAAUUUUAAUUUACGUUAUUUACUGAUUUAGUAUUUAUUAAUUUGCAAAAUUACAGUUAAAUUAAUUAAGAUGUAUUGCCUUCUAGCUUGCUCUCCUUUCAAGAACACACGUUUUCCUAUAACCACUUUCCGUUUAAAUGCUGGCUUCUUGGCCAAUCCCCCGUAGUGGGUACGUGCCAUGGUAUAGGAAGUAAGCAAGCAAGCAAGUGUGGCAUUCUAUCGCGUGGCGCUUGAGGCAUCAUCGGAAGAAGAGUCUAACAGCUGGCCACGACAGUACCAGGCACCAACAGGCAAGUGAGCAAGCAAGGCACCUCAGGUGCGGUAAAGUAUGUCGGUGGUCGGCCCGUUGAAGUCGCUGAAUGACCUCAUCCGCUUCAAACGACCGCCGCUUUGUGCUGUGGAGCCGCUGAGAGAGAUAGAGCGGGGCAAACCGGGACGCCCGAAAAUCCUCUUCUGUCACGACAUGGACGGCUACCUGGAAGACAAGUAUAUCUACGGCAGCAACAAGAAGGACAGCUACAGGUUCCAUCACUGGCAAAUUAUUGACACCUUUGUAUAUUAUUCGCACCACAUGGUCACCAUCCCUCCUCCUUGCUGGAUCACAGCUGCCCACAAGCAUGGAGUGAAAGUAUUGGGAACCUUUACUCUGGAAUCAGAAGAAGGAAGAAACGCUUUCAAGAAGAUCAAGGGUGGCAACCAAGUUGAUACAAUCGCCUCUCAGCUGGCCCUGAUUGCUGCUCGGUCUAGUUUUGAUGGAUGGCUUGUCCGCAUCGCAACGAGAAUGGAUGGCAGCGUUGGCCGCUUUGUCAACGAGCUGCUUUCAGCCAUAACCAAAGAGACGCACCGUUCCGUGCCUGGCUCCGUCGUCAUCUGGCACGACAGCAUCCUGCCCAAUGGAACGGUUGAGCCGCAGAAUGAACUGAACGACAGAAACCAACGUUUCUUCAGCCUGUGUGAUGGAAUCCUCCUUAACUACCAAUGGGACGAGAGGCUGCUUCACAACUCUGCUGACAAGGCAGGCGAACGCAAGGGAGAUGUCUAUGUCGGCAUCGACGUCUUCGCACGGGACACAUGCUAUGACGGUGGUUAUGACAUGCACAAGGUAGUUGCGAUUGUUCGUGGCUAUGGGUUGUCAGCUGCCAUAUUUGGAGCUGGCUGGGUCUACGAGGUACAGGACAAGAGGAGGUUCACGGAGAACCAGUGCCUGUUGUGGGCCCUACCGGAGGAAUGCAGCUCGGAGUGGCGGGCCAAGACGCUACCCCUGUCCAGCACGUUCUGCCAGGGAUUCGGCACGAACCAGUACAAGCAAGGCCGGUCCGUCGUGCCAGCACCGUGGUUCAACCUGUCCAAGCAAGAACUCCAGCCCCGAGACCAGGGAACGAGGCUCUGUGGGGGCGGGGGGUCAGCCAUGGUGCACACGAUGGACGCGUACGCAGGCGGUGGCUGCCUCCGUUUGGAGUAUGACCCGAAACAGGGGCCAAGUUCCGGUGUCAUCCCUUACUUCAGGUUGUUUGGCUGCGACGUGCCACUGGACGCUCUGUGCGUAAGCUACACGUACAAGACGCCGAGCUGUCUAGCAGGGCAUGACAUCAACCUGGUUUUGAAAGUCAGGGAUGCGACAGGCAAGAGAGAAGAGUUGUCCCUGGGUUCAGUCAUCACCAUGCCUCAGGGAGGCAACUACAUUGCGCGGCGUGACAUCGCCAACAACUCCCAAGGUGACCCGGGUAGCUCUGCAGCCCGUUGGUUGACAAGGAAAUACCAUGUCAAGGACGCCACGGGCUCUGCGGUUCUCGAGGAGAUUGGAAUCUCCUUCAAUUCCCAUGAGCAGAACACUUUCCUCAUCGGGGAAGUUGUCGUGAAGCGGCCAGACGGCGCAGCCAGCAGCGAAGCGGUGAAGGAUUCCAAUGCAGAAGCACCAAGUGAUGAGGACAGUGCAGGCAGACCAGAGACGGAAGGGAAACUACACGAGUGGCUAGCGAAAAAAGCUGCGUUGAACGCCGGACAAGCAGACGACCCAGUUGCUUUCGACAUCUCGAUGUCGAGCGACGAAAGUGACUAGUGAAAGCAGGAAGCAACGUGCCAUCAAGGUUAACGCCCAACGAUAUAAGAAGUGACGGCAGCCCCGGCUGCAUGCAGUAGCCAGCUGCAAUAAAUUUCUGUGUAGUUUGC